AUGGCUACCUUACCGUCGAGCAAGUCAACCAGCAAGGUUGCCGCGACCACUGAAAUGGAGGAGGAAGUCGCAAAAGACCAUCAGUUUCAGGAAAUCGAAAAGCUGCAAGACUUGGGCAUCAACGCGGCAGACAUAAACAAGUUGAAGGGCAGCGGCUACUGCACGAUACUCUCCCUGAUCCAAACAACAAAAAAAGAGCUGUGCAAUGUUAAGGGGAUUUCGGAAGCAAAGGUGGAAAAAAUUCUCGAGGUAGCAUCCAAGAUAGAAAACUCUUCCAGCUUCAUAACAGCUCAUCAGUUGGUCCAGAAAAGAAGUAAGAUUUUGAAAAUCACAACAGGAAGCUCCACCCUGGAUCAGACUUUGGGAGGAGGGAUUGAGAGCAUGGCCAUCACAGAACUGUUUGGAGAAAACCGCUGUGGGAAAACGCAGAUAUGUCACACGCUGGCGGUCUCGGCUCAGUUGCCCAAGAGCGUUGGUGGGGGCAACGGCAAGGUAUGCUACAUCGACACCGAAGGUACCUUCAGGCCAGAAAAAAUAUGCAAAAUAGCCGAACGCUACGGAAUUGAUGGAGAAGACGUGCUGGACAACAUUUUAUAUGCGAGGGCAUUCACACACGAGCACUUGUAUCAUCUCCUCGCGGUGUCAGCGGCAAAGAUGUGUGAAGAGCCCUUCGCACUACUCGUGGUCGACUCCAUCAUCUCUCUUUUCCGAGUGGACUUCAGUGGGCGAGGGGAACUCUCCGAGCGCCAACAGAAGCUAAACAAAACCAUGUCCAUACUGAGCAAGCUGGGAGAGCAAUUUAACAUCGCCGUUUUAAUAACCAACCAAGUGAUGUCCGACCCAGGGGCUACCCUCACGUUUGUGGCCAACCCGAUGAAGCCAGUCGGUGGGCACGUCAUCGGCCACGCGUCCACAACCAGGCUGUCGCUGAGAAAGGGCAAAGGAGACCAGCGGGUGUGCAAAGUAUACGACGCCCCCAACCUUCCCGAAGUGGACUGCAUCUUCCAGCUGUAA